AUGGACCUCUUCGAAUACCGCAGGAACGGCUCACUUCCCGAACAUCUGGCUCAGGUCAUCAUGUGGCAGGUGGUUCUCGCCGCCCGUCAUUGCCGUGAUCGUGGCGUUCUCCAUCGGGAUAUCAAGGAGCAGAACCUUCUGGUCAGUUUCGACACGUUAGAGGUCAAGCUCAUAGACUUUGGCUGUGGGGACUUGCUCAAGUCGACACCCUACAGACGUUUUGCAGGCACCAUACUAUACGCCCCACCUGAAUGGAUCGAGGAAGCUGGUGAGAAGAGCACGACUACAGGAAAGCACUCGGUCCAGAGAGGCAGCGCUCCUUCCAAAGAGUGCUUCGAUAGCCUGUACGGAGUCGGAAAGCUUCUGGGCAAAGGAGGCUGCGGUUCUGUGUUUGCAGGACUUCGUAAGGCCGAUGGAAAACAGGUUGCUAUUAAGAUUGUGCUGAAGAGUGGCUGUGACAGAUUCAUCACCAUUCCUGGUGAGAAGAACGGUCUCCCUGUAGAGGUGGCGUUGAUGCUGAUGGUGUCCGAGCCACCUCGCUGCGAACGUGUCCUGGAGCUCCUGGAAUGGUUCGACAUGCCCGAGUGCUACGUCUUGAUCCUGGAGCGACCCGCCUGCUGCAUGGACCUCUUCGAAUACCGCAGGAACGGCUCACUUCCCGAACAUCUGGCUCAGGUCAUCAUGUGGCAGGUGGUUCUCGCCGCCCGUCAUUGCCGUGAUCGUGGCGUUCUCCAUCGGGAUAUCAAGGAGCAGAACCUUCUGGUCAGUUUCGACACGUUAGAGGUCAAGCUCAUAGACUUUGGCUGUGGGGACUUGCUCAAGUCGACACCCUACAGACGUUUUGCAGGCACCAUACUAUACGCCCCACCUGAAUGGAUCGAGGAAGGUAAGUAUCAUGGUUGCGCUGCAACGGUGUGGAGCCUGGGCGUCCUUUUGUUUGUUCUAGUGUGUGGAGAGCUGCCAUUCUGGAAUGAGAGGGAGAUCGCUGCUGGACACCUGAUCUUCAAAGCUGGUGUGUCUAUGGCCUGCCGUCAUCUGAUCAGACGCUGCCUGGCCAAGGAUCCGAAUAAGCGACCCAGCCUCGAGAUGAUCCUGGAGCACAACUGGUUUUCAGAGAUCCUUAGGAACUAA